CUCACCAAGACGCCGGACCCAAGACAUCGCCAUCCCUUCGCUGCCCCGCUUCGCAGCUUCUCUCACCCCACCAUCACAACCCCGAUACAGCGUAAUCGAUAAGCACUUACCCAGACCCACAGCCCCGCUUAUCGCAAUCCUCCCACCACAAGCCCUAAGCUCACGAAAAUUCGCGAGAUGCGCUGGGCCCCUCGGCGUGCGUAAAAUUUCGAUACCCCUCACACGACGACGUAGACGGAGCGGCCAACACCACGACUACGAGCGAUCGCACACGAUGGCUACCUACCAAAACGGCGUGGCUCCGGCCCGCGCCAUGGCUGACGACAGCGACGUCGAGGAGGAGGCCCUGGUGGCCGAGUACAAGGAGCAGGUCCAGUACGAGGACGGCGACGACCUGAGCCGCACCAACUCGUUGAACAUGGCCCAUCAGACGGACGACAUCCAGGCUCGCCUCGUCCAGGCCGCUCAGCCCCUCGACUUCCAGGCUCCCCUCGAGACCAAGUUCCAGAGCUACGACGCCUACUGCAGCUUGUUCCACUACAUCCUCAACUCCGAGGGUCCCGUCGACCUCGAGCCCCCGUCGUACUACUGGGCCUGGGAUGUCAUCGACGAGUUCAUCUACCAGUUCAACUCGUUCUCCUCAUACCGGAUGCGAAUUGCCAGGCAAACGACGAACGAGGAGGAGCGCCAGGCUCUCCGCGAGAACCCCAACACCUGGGGCUGCUACAGCGUCCUCAACGUCCUCUACUCCCUCAUCCAGCGAUCCCAGAUCACGGAGCAGCUGGCCGUCAUGAAGCGCAACGAGGACCCCAUGACCGUCGCCGGCGAGUAUGGUAACAAGAACCUGUACCGAAUGCUGGGAUACUUCUCCAUCAUUGGUCUUCUCCGCGUGCACUGCCUGCUGGGAGACUUCAGCUUGGCCCUCAAGACGCUCGAUGAUAUCGAGCUCAACAAGAAGGCCAUGUUCGCGCGCGUCAUGGCGGCCCACUUCACCACCUACUACUACGUGGGUUUCUCGUACAUGAUGAUGCACCGCUACGCCGAUGCCAUCAAGAUGUUCAGCCACAUCCUCGUCUACGUCUCGAGGACCAAGAACUUCCAGAAGAGCGCUCAGUACGACUCUAUCACCAAGAAGAACGAGCAGAUGUACGCCCUGAUCGCCAUCUGCGUCGCCUUCCAGCCCACUCGUCUUGACGACACCAUCCACACCGCCCUCCGGGAGAAGUACGGCGACCAGAUGCUUAAGCUGCAGCGUGGUGGCCCCGAGUCCCUCCCCAUCUUUGAGGAGCUCUUCCGCACCGCGUGCCCCAAGUUCAUCUCCCCCGUGCCCCCGGACUUUGAGAACCCCGAGUCCAACAUUGACCCCGUGGAGCACCACCUCGCCAUCUUCAUGGACGAGGUCAAGACUAACAUGUGGAGCCCCACCAUUAAGUCGUACCUUCGACUUUACACCACCAUGGACCUCAGCAAGCUGGCUGGCUUCCUCGAGGUCAAGCCCGAGGAGCUUCGCUCGUGGCUUCUGGUCACCAAGCAGCGCACCAAGCAGCUGCGAUGGCAAGACCAGGGCCUGCUCGAGGGUGAGCUGGUCAACGUUAGCGACCUGGACUAUGCUCUUCAGGGUGACCUGAUCCACAUCUCUGAGGCCAAGGUUGGCCGGAAGCUCGUGGACUGGUAUCUCCGCAACCUGUCCCGCACCUACAACUAAGGUAGGAAGGUAGACUUGGCAAGCCACAUUUCCCGUUCGCCUAGAGUCUUGGAACACUACGAAAAAGGUGAAUUUCGAGGGCCAAGGCGGGGCCGAAUAGUUGGGGCUGGUGAUGCGUUAUGCAGGCCAACUGGUAGGAUACAUGGCAUGGCAACGGCGUCUCGGAGUUGGUGAUGCUCGUACAAAAGCUUGAGGAAUUUCUCGAGAUUGGCUGUAUGUGGUAGAGAUGGAACAUCCUCUUAGAGGCAUGUUAGAGGCAUGGGAACCUGGAGGACAAAUCUAAAAGAAAGAAACGAGGUGAAUUAAUUCAUGAUUCGAUGUUACUGGGU